AUGCCUCACCAUCACGAUCCCGACCUGGUGAUGAGGCACUCCGUGGUUCGACGGGAGGUCAUCCCGCCCCUUCGACUUCCGCUGCUCGUGCCCACGACCACCACGUUGCCGGGUGCUGGCCUCCCCUCGUUGGUGGCAAGAGCACCGAGCUCCUCAGAAACGACUGGAACCUCAAGCUGUAGCAACGGCGGAAGCUGCGAAAAGCCUACGAGUAACCUGACAACGACGGUGCUACCGGUCGUGCUAGGUGCUGGUGUUCCCGUUAUAUGUGCCAUUGUGGUUCUGAUAAUCCUGCACCGAAGACACGUGAAGAAGUUGAGGCAUGAGGAUGCAAUGGAUAAGCAUAAAUCCCUGGAUUUCGGUAUGGAUAUGGUGGGAUCUGGUGCAAGAAAGCCGAGGAGACUGCCCAAUGGAUUGCAAGCAGAGAUGAUGGAACCGAACCAUUCAAAGGGCAUGUCUCUCGAUGUCAGCCCGUAUUUGAUGCCACCUGGUCUCCAAGGCUCCCGAGAAUCUUUGCACUCGCUCUCUCGAUCGAUUGAUGAUGACAAGUACCGCCCGGCGGUCUUUGGCGCCCAAGACAACGGCUCUGUUCGGUCGUUCCCUCGAAACCGCGGUGAUGAUGGAUCGAGCCUGGGAGGUUCCACCCGUCAUGGAUACGGAGGUGUCGAAGAUUCCAACUCGGGUCUUCUGCGGAAUGCUCAGCGGAUGUCCCGCUCAUCCCCUCCUCGCUAUGAGAGCCCCCCUGGAGAACAUAUGCCGCAGCGUCCUCCGCCAGCCCACCACCAAGACAACUAUGGCCCAGGGCCCGGGCUGUCCCCAGCACCAGCUGAGCAGGAUGAGCAUGCCAUGGCGAUUGGCAGUGCUACGGCCGACCACAGCCAGUCUCUUAACCGGGCGGCGUCACCCCCUGAGCCUCAAUUCCACCUGAACAACAACCUCAUGUCCGAGCUGCACUUUGAGAUCGAGCCCCCAAUUGGCCAUGCCAGUACCUCGCCCCAUGAAGAACGCCUGAACUUCCCGCUCCCUGAUCACAACCAGGAGCAUGUACCGCACGCGCAAACUUCGUCUACCAUGCAAUUACCUCGCAUCUCCCUGCCCGCCAGUGAUAUUACCACCAGUGAUUACGGUGACGAACGCAAGCCGGAGCUGACGAUCAACGUUCAAGCCGCGGAAGACAACCAGCCCCAUCAUGACAACCAGCAGCCCGAGCUGCACGAAGAAACCCAGCAGAACCUUGAUAUCGCCUUUGAUCACAACAACCGCCGCGACACCCGCCGGCUGACUCUCGGUGUGCGCCCCCUGCCGCCAGAGGACCCGGCGGACAACCCCGAGCAGCGUGCCAACCGUAUCCGUUCCUUCUAUAAGGAGUACUUUGACGAUAGUAAACGGGAGACCACCUACUACGAAGACUAUGGUCCCGAGUUUUACGACAGCGGUUAUGCCUACGACCCAACUACUGGCGAUUAUUUCGAUGCAGCUGCCCCCCCUGCUGCUCCUUACGCGGAGCCCAUUGGUCGUCGUGCCAUGACCCCUCCUCCCCGUGCUCCGCCUCGCUUCCAGGGUGCUGCUCGCCAUAUGGCCACUAACUCGGCUGGCUACAAUGGUUUCGGUGGCCCGGGUCCGCGUGCGUUCUCAUCAGCUUCGGGCCGGAUUCCCGGCCCUCGUGGUGGUCCCCGGAAGCCCAUGCCUCCGCCAGCACCUCUCCAAGUACUCCCGACUCCUCACAUGUUGAAGGAUGAUUCUUUCCUCAUGGCCGCAGAUUUUGCUCCUGCCCAUGGUUUCCGUGAUCGACGUGAAGGUCGUCCCGAGACUCCUACCGGUGGCUCAAGGCCGUACAGCCCAGCUAUCCGAGCCCAUACUCCGCUUAUUUCGGCGUUUGAUGAGCUUGCUGUAAUUCCCAGCCCUCACGCCUUGCGGAAAUCUGGCACAUACACGAGUCUGGACUUUGCACCCCCACCCCGGUUCAAGAACAGCGACACUGCCAGCGAUGCUGGCAGUAUCCGCAGCAACCGCACGGGCAUCUCCAACACCCACAUGAACAACAUUCGCAUGGGCAACUAUCGUGUAAGCCGGUUGCCAACUGACAUGGUCGGCACCAAGGACGACAUGAUGACCAGUCUGCGCCCAGAAUGGGGCAUGAACCGAUAA